GUUCUUUUGGCGCGCUGUUGCCUGUGAGCUUCCAAUGACUGCAUUACGCAAGCUUUUCUCCCCAAUCUCAACAUCAAUGCGGCAAGUCGUAUCAUCAAUGAACGAAUAAAUUACUGUAGAAUUCUCAUGUUCUGCCGUCUUCUCCAAGUCGGCUCGGCGACUCGGAUUUUACUACUCAUACUCGACUCACUAUAUCCACCACUGAAGUCGUCAGGGGUUCCACCUCAACUCUCCACGACGGCGAUCAAUUAUUACUUCAAGUCGGGCAUUUGCCUUUCUGCUCUUUCUCUUCUUUUUCUUCUUUAUUUUAUGAUGUGUACUUGAAUUCCUCUUCGUGCCAGUAACUUCUUGUCUAGUUCUGAUUUGCCAGAAUCACCGACUUCUUCUUUUUCGCAUCUCAAUAGAACUAGACUAGAAACGACACCAUCAGGAGAAAUCUUGCCCCAUUUCCGCCGCCCGGAUCAACAGACCAACACAACCCUCAACAAUGCCGAACGAAACGGGAAGAGAGUCCCGCCGGAGCUGCUUAGCUGCAGUGGCCGAUGAGCUGGGAGUGGCAACGAUUUACCGCUCAUCCUCCAAUGUAAAACUACUCAUCCUCCAGCGAGCCGUCCGACUAAUGGCAUAUGGCGCAUCGACCCUACCGCUGAUCCCACACCUGCGCGCGCUGGGCCACCCGGAAAGCUUGAUCGGUCUCUUCCUCAGCCUGACGCUUGUCGGUGACGUGCUGCUCAGCCUCCUCCUGACCGCAGUGGCCGACGGGCUGGGCCGCCGCGCCGUCUUGGGUAUCGGAUCGAUCAUGAUGACCGCUUCCGGCAUCGUGUUUGCGACUUCCAGCAACUACUGGAUUCUCCUGGUUGCGGCUGUCUUUGGCGUCAUCUCGCCUGGCGGCAAUGAGAUCGGACCAUUCCGCGCGGUAGAGGAGAGCAUCGUCGCGCAGCUCACCACCCCCGCCGACCGGUCCGACGUCUACGCAUGGUACUCUCUCAUGGGAACCGCGGGUGCGGCGACGGGCAUCAUCACUUGCGGCUGGACGGUGCAGUCGCUCCAGCGGAACAGGGGCUGGAGUGAAACCAAGGCGUUCCAGGUCAUCUUCCUGGCGUACGCUGCAUUUGGGGUCCUCAAGCUGGUCCUGACGCUCUGUUUGAAUGCCGACGUCGAGCCCGAGGUGGCCAAGACCUCACCCCGAGCUGUGGCGGCUUCUGAGGGUGAGCGUCGGCCUUUGCUUGCAGGUAACGAAGCUGGCGCAAACGGCCAAGCCCAGGACGCUUCGGCUGCAGAGGCAAAGGCAAAGGGCCGGUGGAGUCUACUUCCUCAGAUCAGAAAGGAGGGCCGUUUGGUCAUUCUGAACCUUUGUCUGCUUUUCAUGUUGGACGCCUUCGCGUCGAGCCUGGUGUCUCUCAGCUGGAUUAGCUACUACUUCAAGUCCACCUACAACAUGGAGCUUGGCGCCCUCGGUUCGGUGUUUUUUACUACCAACAUCAUUGCCGCCAUCUCAAUGCUCGGCGCAUCGUCAUUGGCGAAACGGUUUGGUAAUGUAAAUACAAUGGUGUUCACACACCUGCCGUCAUCAAUCUUCCUCGCCCUCAUCCCCGUCCCCUCGCUGCAGCUGUCCCUUGCCGUUCUGUUCCUCAGACACUGCACAGCCUCGAUGGACGCAGGGCCCCGAUCGGCGUUCCUCGCCGCCGUGAUACGUCCCUCGGAGCGCACCGCCGUCAUGGGGCUCAUCAACACCCUCAAGACGGUGGCGCAGAGCGUGGGACCCUCGGCCACAGGCUUGCUGGCGGGCAGUGGGCACUUUUGGGUGGCGUUUGUGGUUGCCGGUUCGCUCAAGGCGACGUACGACCUGGGGCUGUUGGCCGUGUUUAAGAACCAUGAGAAGGAAGUGUUGGAGCGCAUUGAUAGGGAGGCGGCAGACGGACAAAACUCCCAAGCUUAAGACGGCAGGUAGUGCGCAAAAUGUGUGCGUGUGUGCAUGUUGAAGGCACAACAAGAAACAACAAAAAAGACUGGCACGGGCAAUUAAAAAAAAAAAAAAAAAAAACUCAACAAUAUUUUUUGGCAAAUUCAUACAUAAUUAUUUGCCUGACGCCAAA